UCGAAACCUUCCUGUUCGAGGCAUUCAGUCUUGUCAUAGCGUUGUGGAAGGCCGUACGAGUUGCAUUUGGUGGUUGUGAAAAGCGUGCGCUUUUCUGUGUUUCCCGUGAGGAAAAUCUGUGUUCGUUUUUCGUAAUUAUAUUCAUUAUAUAUCGUCACCAGUGCCUGCAAAGGGCGGGUUAGCGUUGUGUUUUUAGGCGGAACAAUUACUUUGCAAAAGGGAAGGAAACAAUAUUACGGACAAUAUUACAAAUCAGCAAUCUUGAAAAGGAAAGGAUCCCCAUGCCUUUUUGUGUGGGGGCUAGUGCGUGCGGAAUAAAUUCCCUGUUGCUGCAAUCGGCGUGUGUCAUCACACAGUGCUGCUAAGGAAAGCAUAUGGUCAGAACGAGAUCGCAAACAAUAGAAGCAGUUCAGCAACAGGUAAAAGAGCUUUCACUGGUGCGUGGUGGCGUGUAUCGCGCAGGGGCGUGUGAUCCGCGCUGAACAAAAGCCGUACAUUCGUCGUAUAUUGUGCUGCCGGCGGACAAACCACAACCGGGACAAGAUAGGCACCCACGCGCCCCAGAUCCUGCCCGUGAUGGAGAAGGGCAAGGAUGGCGUUAUGCCGGUGGUGGCACCAUUGGAUAAUGCGGCCGCGGCACAGAUCGUCUGCCGGUUCUAUCAGUACGGUACGUGCCGGUUCGGUAGUACCUGUCGCUUCAUCCAUCCCGUUCCGGAACCGUCCGGAACGCACGGUAGCAGCUGUAGCAGCAGCAGCAGCAGUAACAGCAGUUUCGUAACAGCAACCACCAGCCCGACCGAUGUUGUACACACGCAAACGGACGCAAAGGAGGAAACGGUGAGCGAUACCAAGCUAAAGUCAUACACAUCCGAUCUGUCCCGCUGGAUCGAUGCGCCCAUUUUUGUGCCCAAGUCGCAACUCACCGGCCAGCCUCGGAGGCAACAGCGCAAGAGUGUGGAUGAGAAAAAGGUGACAAAGGCAGAGAAUGAUGAGGAGGAGGAUGAGGACGAUGAGGAAGAGGAGGAGGAGGAACCAGAUUUGGACGAUGACGAGCGAAAUAAUGAGGCUGACAAUGAGGCAGAUAAUGAGGAAGAGGAGGAGGAAGAGAGCGGUGCGGUAGGGUAUGCUCAAUCGUCCUUAAUGUCCUACGCGAACGUAGUGACGAUGAACAACAAUCACAACGGCAAGGAUAUGAAACGAACACCCGGCCAGCGGGAGUUUUGCCUUCAGCAUGAAAAGUUUGGCAAAUGUCUAGUGACCGGCUGCCAGUUCGUGCACGGUGAGCUGUGCGAGUUGUGCGAAAAGUAUUGUCUCGAUCCGGAGGAUAAGGAGCAGCAGCGUAAGCACAAUGUCGACUGCAUUCGGGAGCACGAGCUGGAGAUGGAGCAUGCGUUCGCGGUACAGCGCUCGCGGGAUAAAACGUGCGGCAUCUGUCUGGAGGUGGUAAUGGAGAAACGGGCCCGCGAGCAACGGUUUGGCAUACUGCCGAACUGUAAACACACCUUCUGUCUCGGCUGCAUCCGCACCUGGCGCAAGGCAACGAAUUUUGCCAACAAAAUCAAAAGAAGCUGUCCAACCUGUCGCAUACCAUCGGAUUUCGUGUGUCCGAGCUUUGUGUGGGUUGAGUGCGGUGAGGAGAAGGAUCGGCUAAUCGAAAACUACAAACAAGCCUGCAACAAUACCGACUGUAUGCACUUCAAGAAGGGUACCGCCAACUGUCCGUUCGGCAACAAGUGCUUCUACCGGCAUGCGCUACCAUCCGGCGAGCUGGUCGAUUUGGGUGCACCGUCCCGGCGGCGCAACCCACACCGGGGCCGGGACCGCGAUAUGGACCAUGCCGAUACGCUGCAGCUGCAGGAAAUCUUUGCCACGCUGCUGGCACCCCGCAGCUGGGUGCUGGAGGAGUACAUGAUGUCGUUGUUUUCCGAGCUGGAAGAAUCGGACGACGAUCUAGAGUUCUUUUCCGGCCGAGGGGGCGGUUUCCCGUCGGACGAUUCCGACUACACAGAUUAUUUUUGAUCCCGAUCCGAUAUGAUCUGAUGUGUGUGCGGCAUCGCAGCAGGAAGGUGCGGAAAUAGAAGCGAAGCGGUUGGGUGGAGUUAAAACACAGAUGAAGAGCCAAAGCAAAUUAAACAAAACAAAAAAAUCACACAUAAAAGAAAUGCACGCGCGCGCACGCAUGGAAUGACGUUUAAAAAGUACAACCCGUUGGUGUAAUUGAUCGUCGUUCCAACGUUUAUACAAACAUUUGUUGUGUGCGCCGAUCCUUAUUAUCAUUAGCUCAUAAUAUUAUUAAUCAGAAGUAGGCGAAGAACCGGAACCCGGAUAUAUGUAUGUAUGUGUGUGUGCUACGUGUACGAGUGGAUAAGAGCGAAUAUUCGAAGCAUCGAAACGAAACUGCAGGAAACGAUAUUAUCUAUUCUUCUACAACAAAACAAGAACGCUCAAAAACGAAAUAUGAAGAGUUUGAAAAAAAAAACAAACAGGUUCAGCCUGCUGUUCUCCCUCCCCCAUUUGCUCGUUAAGCCAUGAAGCUAAAGAUUCACGCACGAACACGAAGCGGUACAGCAUUCCAUACCCCCGAAUUAUGUUGCCCCCGUUUUGUCACCACAAAAAUAUUUCUCCCGUUUUUUUUGUUUUCGCAUGUUUCAAACGCAACAAAUGCCAGCAUAAAAAAAAAACGUAACGGGCAGUAAACGCGGCUAGAGGAAUAUUGGUGCAACGAACACAAAACGUUAACGCUUCCGGAGUUUUGCAAAAUGGCGCGUGCACGUUCUGGCAAAAAAAAACACUCUUCGUUCCUUCCUGUAAAUCCAAAUCAAUCUACCUCACCGUACUCAAAUACCUUUUACCAGCGCGCACGGUCGGCGAAUAAUGAGCACAGAUUCCGGUACAGCCGCGCGAGAUAUUGUGUUCGCUUGUUUGAAGAGGGGACGCGUUGAUUCGAGGCUUUUUUUGGGUUAGGGAUAUUAUUAUAGACAAUUAGGGAAAAAAAAACCGGGAACGGGAGUUUCGCAGUCUCCUACGCGCAAGUUUGCCAUUUAUUAGCACACUACAGGUUUAACAUUUAAGUGAGCAAAGAGCUGUUGGGUAACGGAAGCUAGGGAAGAGGAGAAAACGAUCAAACGAACUAAGGAACUUGUUUGCUUUUCAUAUACAUUUCUUUUUUUUUUUUUUAAAUCUCUUAUACAUUUGAUAAUGGAACAUUCGCUUAACUCUUAAUAUUCCUUUUGCGAUUCCGCAUCAUUGUUUGGAAUGGAAACUACAAACAGCAAUGGAUCGAUUUCUUAAUUUGCAAGUACGUCUAGCAUGCCCUUCGUGCGAACUCUGCUCCGGUACUGCUUUACCCCUGCGUAAAAGUGUAUUGCCCGGAAGGGGAGCGACGGUUACAAAAAAAAGGGGAAAUGGAAUGGGCAACACGUUGGAAAAUGCUCGCUUAGUACAAAACAGUAGCAAAAUGUAUUCGAAAUUCUUUAAAAAAAAGUACACACAAAAUUUAUGAAACUUUUUUUUUAAACACUGCUGCUCGUGUAGCCUAUUAGAAGCGAUUUAACUUUUGUUGUUAUUGUAAUUUAACACUUUCGAAGUUACAGAAGCAGAAGGAUGCGUAUUUAUGCUUUGUAGAAGGAAGAAAAAAAAACACGAUCCUAGAUAUGUAUUUUCGGUUUUAGAUCGCAAGCGUUCUUGUAUUUAGUUUGGAAUGUGUAUGUCGCGUUUAGUUUUGUGGAACGCAAUCGAAUCGAAGAAUUAAGCGCGCUGAAUGGCUUUUGCGGGCGGAAAACAAAAGCAAACAAUAUAUCUUACUCUGUACUCUUGUCGCUGGUCGAACAAACGAAAAGCCCCCGGACCAGGCACCCAAAAUUUGAUAUGGGGUGUUGUAAUGCCUAAAAUGGGGGAAAAAUAUCUAAAUCGUCUAGGGCAGUGAUCUCCAACCUUGUGGUUUUUGUGGAAGAAAUUUUUGCGGCCCUUGAACCGAUCGUUUGAAACAUUUUAGUCAUGCGCCAGGUUUAAAAAAUUUUGCUGUACGUAUUUAUUCUACACGCUGUACUUAUUACUCAAAUCAAUCAAAAUGUAAAGAAAUAGAAGAAAAAACAACAUGCAAUAUCUCGAUCGUUAGAAAAAAAAAAGAUUAGAUAGAUAGAAAUAGAACAAUAUUGUCAGUUAAUUAAUAAUUUGAAGACCUAAUUUGCCACUCUCAUUCACUCUCUUCUCUUGUUGGCUUUAAAUGUCUGUAAAAUGUUUAAAUGCUUUAAAUGUCAUGCCGUUCAUUUCUGGCUUACUAGACUUAUUUUACCACGUAGCUGGGGGACGGUCCGGAUGGGAUUUGAACAAGGUCCUGCCGUGUGGGACCGGCGCCGUUUAUCACAUACACCACCUGGCCUCCAUUCACUCUCUUACGAUCAAAAUCGAUUUCAAUUUAGAAUUCUUUGAGUUAUUGUAUGUACAAGAAUUUCAAUAUGUGGACCUCUAAGAGACGAAAGAAUGAAUUAUCACAGCUUCUGUAAACAAUUUCAACCACAAUGAACCAAAAAAAAGGUUGGAGAGCAAUGGUCUAGCAACAAGCGACGAACCCGGAUAUGUAGCAAAGGAUAAAGCAAAGCUCCUAAUCGAAUGAACGAGAAUUUAACGUUAACAUUGGAACUUGGAAGCACAUUAGCCAUUGGGGGGUAUCAUUCUCACCCACCAAAUUAAAAAUAUGAAAUAUUACUAACUAGUGCAUACUCACGAAUUACUUGAUUUUUGUGAUACGAUAUAUUGUUUCUCCUAUAGCUUUUAUACAAAAAUGGCGUUUUGCGAGAUAAGGUGUGACGUAGGGCAGGGUAAACAAGUGUAUCAGAAAAAAAGGGGGGAAAAAUGAGUGAUAAACAAAAAAUGCGAAGGGAAAGGAAAUGAUGUGAAAGAGCAAAAGUGUAGACUUUUCCAGCAAACCUAUAACCCCGAUCGGGCACACACAAUGAGAGGCGAAAGUGGUCGUAUGCAUCGCCUUUAUUUUUAAUUACAAAUGCAAAAGAGGAUUCUAAAUCGAAAAAAAGCUAAAAAUCAAACCUUGUUAUACGUGUUUGUUACGUUUGAUUUUUUGCUUUCCCCCCCCGGUUGCCCUUCGUACACACCCUCGCGUUAAUCAUUACAGUAUCUUCGUUACUAAGUAAGCUAACCCCAAUUAGUGCGAUAAGUUUUGUGAAGCGAAGUGAGCCGAAAGCGGGAAAAUACAACAAAACCAUGAAUUUUUUCGCGUGUCGUUUGUGCCGGGAAAGGAGGGAAGAAAACAACAAAAAAAAGAAGGUGUAUAUGGUGUGCAACAUUAGUGAAGAUAUCAAAUCUAACCAUAAAUGUGACCGAUCCACGGUACUUUCUGCUUACCUUCUUGGCUUGUAAUGCCUCGACAGUACGAAAAACAUAUAAAAACCAACCAACGACAACAGAAACAAACACAUGACCCACAGAAAAAAGAGAAAAAAACGAAACAAACGCUUGAAACAAACUAUACCCAAAGGUGGUGACCUAAAGUGGUUUAAAAGUUGGUUUGAAGGUUAAGGAGAAAAAGAAAACCCAUCAGCCACACCCGGAGGGGUCUUUGUGAUCUAACAAAUAGCCGUAUAAAUGAGAUUCAUGCUGUACAUUUUGGAACAUGGAAUGUAAAAAAAGAAGAAAUCAGAAAAUAGUAUGUACGGGAGUACUCGCGUGUGUGUGUGUGAGAGAGAGAAAGAGAGAAAUUAUGAAAACAGCAAAACGUAUGAUUGAAGUGUAUGACAAAUGUGUAUGCCGAAGGUAAAACAAAACGAAACAAACAAACAAAACAAAAAAAAACAUGAAAGUAAAUCAUAGAUGCCUUAAGGUUUGGUUUUAAACUGGUAAAAUCAGCAAUUAGUAAGCAGUAGUGUAACACACCAUAUAUGGAAACGAAAUCAAACACAGAACACAAGAUUGUGAAAUACCUACAUUACGACAAAAAGGUGAAGAAGAAAUACAAAAAACAAAACAAAAAAGGCAAAGCUAAUUUUUGCGUAAAAUUGUAAACCAAACCAAAAGAGAGAGAGAGAGAAAGAGAGAACAAAAACAGUUCAUAAACAGCCCGCUGAAGUAAAAUUAAACUUAAAGAUGUAAUAAAAACGAAUUGAAGGAAGAAAUCACGACUAAAUGAAUAUGAUAUACAAAGCAUGUAAAAAAAAGGACACACCUGAGGAGGAGAGUGAUCGCAAUGCCUACUUGGCGCGAUGGAUGGCGAGGAUUAAUUUUGUCCGUUUUAAACAGUUGUCGGGCUCUUUGGUUAGAUUGCUUACAGUUAGUAACUACCCUAAUCGUAAUCUGAGUAUAGUUGUCUAUUUACAACCUCUCUCACAAACAAACACAUACACACACACUAACUCAAAGCCCCACAAAACCGUGAAACAUUGAGAAGAGCAGGAAAUAUAUAAUAGAAACUGUUUUUGGCAGGAACUCAUACCAAUGCCAAAACAGUACAGGUGAUAGAAAGAAUUUGUACUCUAUUCUCUGAAUCCUCUGAAAUAUGGCGCUGAAAGAUGCAAACGUAUAAUAUGUAUGGCGUGCAAACUGGGAACUCAGACCCCGCGAAACGUUUGUACGUGAUGCAUCAUUAAAAGAAUGAUCAAAACCGA